AUGCGACAGGACUCUAGAGAUUCCCAAAUCAUCGCGAGCAGUCCGGGUUGCUGUGUGUGUUGCACCGCCGGAGACUUCUGCUGGUCACUGCUUGGUCAGGAGUACCUCAACUGCGUCUCUGAGGUGGCUGGCAGCCGAAAUGCCAUUGAGCAUUUCCAGACAGAGGCUGCGCGCUGGCGUGUGACUCUCCGAGAGCAUCGGGAGCAAGAACUUCAGCGGCGGCAGGCUGACAGUGAGUUAAGAGCUCGACUGGGCGACCUGGCAGUGCGGCCGCUGCCGGCUGGCCAGGAGUUCAGCACCCUGAAGCUCGCCAAGCAUGUGGGUCACUGCUGGACAGAAGCUUGGAGGGCAGGGGCAGCUCGCCGAGACGAGACGGCGAAGCUGAAGGAGACCCGCAGUAGACUGGAAAGCCAACUGCUGAAUGCAAAGGCCGACAUGGAGCUCGAAACGCAGAGCCUAGCCAGAGCAGAAGAGGAGCUGCAGCGACUUGUUGCAGAUCACAGAGCCAGAGAGCGCAUCGUGAAGGAAGAAUUUGCGGUGGCUCGGGCGACGAACUCCCUGCUCUUGGAGGAGAAAGCCCAAUGGCUGCAGACGAGGCCAAAGUUGCUCAAUUUUCUCGAAGACUGCAGCCGGCAAACGCCCAGUUCCCAAGCAGCGCAUGGUCCACAUGCUGCGCAUGCUAAGCAUGCUGCGGAAAGGCGAAGUGCUUCGCCACGUGCGGACGCAGCAGCGCAGGCUUUGCAAGCUGCCGAACGGGAGAACAAGGAGCUGCAGGCCACCAUUGCUGCCCUGGAACAUGACAAGGCACGCCUGAUUCAGGAUCAGGAAGAGCUCAUCCGGCGCGUGCGAGCUCGAGUCGUCGCGCGGACUCGAUUCAGAUUGCUGUUUGUACGCUCAGAAUACAGACGGCACCAGUUGCUAGUAUUAUAG